GGACGCGCCAGAUCCAACGGCCAACGCGGGGAGGGGCCCUCCCGCAACGGCGCGGCCGCACCUGUCCGUCCGUUCCUCCCUCCCUCCCUCGUCGCCACCCCGUGCUCACACCCCUCACACGGAGAACCCACGAGAGCCCCACCGCCGGUAGAAGCCACCAAAAACCCCGGCCACCCGCUGCCGAUCCGCGCACCGCAGGCCGGCACACACCCCACCUCGCCGUCGCCUCGCCUCGUGAACCGCCAGCGCCCUCCCCGCCUCUGCUGCACGCGCGCAGGGUUCAGCCAGGGCUUUAGCGUGACGGCCGGGAUGAAAUCCCCGUCCCUGGAGCCCGCCGCCGCGCCGAUCCCCCGGGGCGGGGCUUUCGGGCGGGUCCGGGUCGCCCACGGCGCGCGGGGGCCGCGGCGCGUCGUCGGCGCCGGCCUCGCUGCGACCGCCGGCCGCCUGAAGGUGCUCGUCGCUGCGCUCCCGAGGCCCCUCGAUCGGCUCAUGCGCGCGCCGGAGGGCGCCGUGGCACUGGCGCGGGAGGCUGAUGAGGCCCAGGGGUGUGUGGCUUCCGCUGAGAUUUCGUCACCACCUGCUCCUGCUGUUCCUGGGGGCACAGUGCGUGCCAGAUUUGUGCUAAAAGAGCGGUGUGCCUUCGGUCAGAGCUUCAAACUGGUCGGUGACGUCCCGGCGCUCGGCCACUGGGAACCGGCAAACGCGGUCGCUUUGGAUUGGUCGGAAGGUCACAAUUGGACAGUAGAGAAAGAUUUGCCUGCCAACAGGUCGAUUGAGCUCAAGUUCUUGCUGCGAGAGUCCUCGGGAAAGUUCCACUGGCAGAAAGGACCUAAUAGAAUCCUACAGACAGGUGAAACCACAAAGACUUUGGUGGUCUACGAAGAUUGGGGUAGUGCGAAGAAUCAGAAAGUAGCAGAGGAGGACACGCCGGUUGAAAUGAUGGACACAGUUGUUGCCGAGGAUGAUCAAGGCAGAAAUGGUGGUGUUUCGGCAAAUGAGCUACAAUUGGGUGACAAUCAAGAGAUCAAAGAGUCAGCUGUGGCCAAGCCAAUCCCUCGGGGUGGAGCUUUCGGGCCGGGACGGGUCGCGUACGGCAUGCGUGGGCCGCAGCGGGUCGUUGGUGCCGGCCUGGCUGGGACCGCUGGUCGCCUGAGUGUGCUCGUCUCCGCGUUACCAAAGCCCCUUGAGCAGCAAAUGCCCGCGCAGGAGGGCGGCGUAGAACUAGCACCGGAGGCUGAUGCGGUCCAGGGGGAAGUGGCCUCUGCUGAGAUUCCGUCACCACUUGUUCCUGGAAGCACGGUGCGUGUCAGAUUUGUGCUAAGAGAGCAGUGCACCUUCGGCCAUAGCUUCCACCUGGUCGGUGAUGACCCGGCACUCGGCCUCUGGGAACUGUCGAAUGCGGUCGCUUUGGAUUGGUCCGAAGGCCAUGAUUGGACAGUACAGAAAGAUUUGCCUGCCAACAGGUUGAUUGAGUUCAAGUUCUUGCUCCAAGAUUCCUUGGGAAAGUUUCGUUGGCAGAAUGGGCCUAAUAGAAGCCUAUGGACAGGUGAAACCACAAAGACGAUGGUAGUCUUUGAAGAUUGGGAUAAUGUGAAGAAUCAAAAAGUAGGAGAGGAAGAGGACACACCAGUUGAAAUGAUGGAGGCAGGUGUUGCCAAUGAUGAUCAAGGCGGAAAUGGUGUUGUUUCGGUAAAUGAGCUACAAGUGGGUGACAACCAAGAGAUCAAAGAGGACGAAUCAAGUAUAGGCAAUGAUGAAAAUUCAAUGGAUGCUGCUAUUGUAUCUGUUGUACAGGAAAUAGUGAAGGCAUGUGACGCUGAUCAACCAGAGCUGUUGAUGGAUGAGCAGGAGGAAACUAGAGACGAGCUUCAUGAUGAAGUAGACACAGCACCCCAGAAUGGCAGUGCCACGGCCUAUGCCGGUAAUGUUUACGAUGAAACGACCGAUGAUGAUAGUAUCUCAUCCGACGACGGUGUUCUGGUUAAGCAUGGGCUGGCGGGAGCUUUUGAGCGCGAGGUUCUUUGGGGUUGGAAGGCCUUGCAGCGGCUUGUCAGCUUCAAAAUGGAUACAUGAAUGAUGCAGCUUGCUAUAUAGCGCGUGAUGAUGUUUUAGAUGGCAUGCCGUUCCUUUGAAGGAUGUAGCGGAGAACACUAGCAGGUAGCAGCUACUGGGUAUUUGUUUGCGGCACUCUGUUGUGUGUACAUAGUUUCUCCGAGUCCUCGGAGAAACGCUGUUUUUGGCAAGGGAUUGUAACAUGUUAUCAAUAAGCUAUGAUCGGUCUGUCGACAGUUUGUGAA